CACUCAGAAAAGCACACACACACGCAUACACACACGCUUUUUGAGGAGGUGGAUGAGGAUGGCCGUCAACAGACCCUUCAGCUUUGCUGGAGAAAGCCCUGAACCUGGAAUCUCAACAGUGUUCUCCUCCAUGACUGUGAGCCCAGUGUGUACUGGCGCUGCUGGGUCUGGCCCGGCGCUGGUCCACUUCAAGCUGGGCCUGCUGAAGGAGGAGGUGCGCACGCCGUCACGCCGCCUCAGCUUCCGCUCUGCCAAGAGGCUCGCCACGGAGAUCAUAGAGAGAAAGGCUCCCGAGGUGAGUGUGAUUGGCCUAGGGGAGAAGCUGCUGCUGUUCCGGCAUGACCCGGCCCACGAGAACGUCCUGCGCAAGCUGACGGAGCAGGACACACUGCAGGACGGCGACCUGGUGGAAGUGGUCCUCUCAGCCUCAGCAUCCGUAACAGCUAUGAAGUUCCGCCCCCAUUCCCUGGUGGUCCAAUCAUAUCGUACCCCUACAUUCUGUCAUCACUGUGGAGAGAUGCUCUGGGGACUGGUCAGGCAAGGGUUAAAAUGCGAAGGUUGUAGUCUGGACUUCCAUAAGCGCUGUGCGCUGCACCUGCCCAGUGACUGCAGUGGUCUGUCCCGCCGCUUUAGGUCCAGUCUGUCCCUCUUCCCCCCGGGACGACCACGCCUGCCAUCCCUCUCCACACAGGCAGGAGGCAGCCUAGAGGAGAUCAGUAUGACCAAGCCCACUGGUUCCAGGUCCCAUGGCGGGGGCUGCUAUGCGGACAGCAGGGUGUGGGGGGGUCCAGGCCGGGGAGGAGGUGGUGGUGGUGGUGGUGGUGGUGGUGGUGUAGGGGGGGUGCAGCUGCCUCACACCUUCCACGUGCACAGCUACACGCGGCCCACCGUCUGCCAGCACUGCCACCGGCUCCUCAAGGGGCUCUUCAGGCAGGGCCUGCAGUGUACAGAUUGCAAGUUCAACUGUCAUCGGCGGUGCUCACCUCUUGUGCCAAACGACUGUCUGGGAGAGUCAAGGCUCACCAAUGGGGGAGACUGUGGGUCAUCGUCAGGUUUCAGCAGUGAUAUGGAUGUGGACAUGGAGUCGAGCGUGGAGUCUGUGAAUGAUCUGUACGAGGAGUUUCGGCCCCACAGCCAUGGCAAUACCCUGCCCCAACCAGAGGAGGCACCCUCACGCCCAGAGAUAGGGCCGUGUUUCAGCAGCAAUAUCCCGCUGAUGCGCGUGGUGCAGUCUGUCAGGCACACCAAGAGGAGAGCCAGCGGGGUCCUCAGGAAAGGAUGGCUGGUGCACUGCACCAACACAGACACAAUGAGGAAGCGGCAUUUUUGGGUUCUGGACAGCAAGAGCAUCACCUUGUAUCAGACCGAAUUAGGAAAUAAGUUUUACAAGGAGAUCCCUCUGUCUGAUGUGCUGCAGGUACGAGGGCCUGAGAAAUUGACUCAUAGCAAUGAUAAUGACACCAGUGGUGGAGGUGACGGUGGCAGUAGUGGUGGCAGUAGUGGUGACAGUAGUGGUGACAGUGGAGGUGGCAGUAGUGGUGGCAGUGCUGGGCACUGCUUUGAGCUGGAGACGGGCACUGGCCUGGUGUACUGCGUGGUGGUGGAGCUGGAGGAGGGGGCCGCCUGGGAGGCUGCCAUACGCCAGGCCCUCAUGCCCCUGCAGGGCAGUGGGCACAAGAUAGGGGGCACUGGUGGUGGUAUGCAACAAGGAGAAUCUCAGGAUAUUAGUUCUGUCUAUCAAAUCUUCUCUGAUGAGGUGCUGGGUUCUGGGCAGUUUGGAAUAGUAUAUGGAGGUACACACCGGCAGUCCAGUAGGCCUGUUGCAGUCAAGGUGGUUGACAAAACACGGUUCCCCACCAACCUGGAGAGACAGAUGAGGAAUGAGGUGUCCAUAUUACAGAAUCUGUCCCAUCUGGGGGUGGUGUUGCUGGAGGGGGUCUUUGAGACGACAGAGCUGGUCUUUGUUGUCAUGGAGAAGCUCCAUAGCGACAUGCUGGAGAUGAUCCUGUCUCAUGAAAAUGGCCGCCUGACGGAACGCACCACUCGUUUCCUGGUCACACAGAUUCUGGAGGCGCUGCGGUAUCUGCACUUUAAGCACAUUGCUCACUGUGACCUAAAGCCUGAGAACGUGCUACUGGCCUCCCCUGAUCCUUUCCCACAGGUGAAGCUGUGCGAUUUCGGCUUCGCCCGCAUCAUCGGCGAGAAGUCGUUCCGGAAGUCCGUGGUGGGCACGCCGGCGUACCUGGCCCCCGAGGUGAUCAGCAGCAGCGGCUACAACCGCUCGCUGGACAUGUGGGCCGUGGGGGUCAUCCUCUACGUCAGCCUCUCCGGAACCUUCCCCUUCAACGAGGACGAGGACAUCGGCCAGCAGAUCACCAACGCCGCCUUCAUGUACCCCAGGCACCCAUGGUCACUCAUAUCACUGGAAGCUGUGAGCCUCAUCAAGAACUUGCUGCAGGUGGUGGUGAGGCGUCGCUUCAGCGUGGGAAAAGCACUGGGACACUCUUGGCUGCAGAAUUUCCAGCUAUGGUAUGACCUCCGUGAAUUCGAGCACCGCAUCGGUCGAAGAUACCUCACCCACGAGGAAGAGGAUGAACGCUGGAGAAAAUAUGCGGAGGAAAAAGAACUUGACUUUCCCACACACCUCACUAUGCCUCAUGACAACAACAACAGCAGCUGACCCAUGACAUGAAAGAGACUCUUUAUUAUAUGUUUAACUAUUUUGUAAAAAUGAGAAACCUGAAAUAGUCUUUUCAAGUGUGUUACAAAUAAAUAUGAUGAUUUACAUACUGACAUCAGCUGUAUCAA